AAACAAAAACAAAUCAUGGAGAAGAAUGGGAACAACCGAAAACUUCGGGUUUGCGUUGCUACUUGCAACCGAGCUGAUUAUUCAAAAUUAGCUCCUAUUAUGUUUGGCAUUAAGGCGGAACCACAGUUCUUUGAGCUUGAUGUUGUGGUGCUUGGCUCCCAUCUGAUUGAUGACUAUGGUAACACCUACCGUAUGAUUGAACAAGACGACUUUGACAUUCACACGAGGUUGCACACCAUAGUGAGAGGCGAGGAUGAGGCAGCCAUGGUGGAGUCGGUAGGCCUUGCGUUAGUAAAGCUACCGGAUGUCCUCAACCGUCUGAAACCUGACAUAGUGAUCGUUCAUGGGGACAGAUUUGAUGCUCUGGCACUGGCCACAUCUGCAGCCUUGAUGAAUAUUCGGAUUCUUCAUAUUGAAGGCGGGGAAGUCAGUGGGACCAUAGAUGACUCAAUCAGACAUGCCAUAACCAAACUGGCUCAUUUCCAUGUGUGUUGCACAAGAAGUGCAGAGCAGCAUUUGAUAUCCAUGUGCGAAGAUCAUGAUCGCAUCCUCUUGGCUGGCUGUCCCUCAUAUGACAAGCUUCUCUCCUCCAAAAAUAAAGACUACAUGAGUAUUAUACGUAUGUGGAUAGGUGAAGAUGUAAAACCAAGAGAUUAUAUAGUCGCUCUGCAGCACCCUGUGACCACGGAUAUUAAACAUUCCAUAAAGAUGUUUGAACUAACGUUGGAUGCACUCAUCUCCUUUAACAAAAGGACACUAGUUCUGUUCCCAAACAUCGAUGCAGGAAGCAAAGAGAUGGUUCGGGUGAUGAGGAAGAAGGGCAUUGAGCAUCAUCCCAAUUUUCGAGCAGUAAAGCAUGUUCCGUUUGAGCAGUUCAUUCAGUUAGUGGCACAUGCUGGCUGUGUGAUUGGUAACAGCAGCUGUGGUGUUCGAGAGGUGGGAGCGUUUGGAACCCCUGUCAUCAAUCUGGGAACACGUCAAAUAGGAAGAGAAACAGGCGAAAAUGUUCUUCAUGUUCGUGAUGCUGACACACAGGACAAAAUACUACAAGCUUUGCAUCUCCAGUUUGGACAACAGUAUCCUUGCUCAAAAAUAUAUGGGGAUGGUAAUGCUGUCCCAAGAAUUCUGAAGUUCCUCAAAUCUAUUGACCUCAAAGAGCCACUGCAGAAGAAGUUCUGCUUCCCUCCUGUAAAGGAGAACAUCUCACAAGAUAUUGACCAUAUCCUAGAAACUCAGAGUGCCUUGGCUGUGGAUCUAGGUGGAACAAAUCUCCGGGUAGCGAUAGUCAGUAUGAAGGGUGAAAUAGUGAAGAAAUAUACCCAGCUCAAUCCUAAAACCUAUGAGGACAGAAUAGGAUUGAUUCUCAAGAUGUGUAUGGAGGCUGCAUCAGAAGCUGUAAAUCUGAACUGCAGAAUUUUGGGAGUGGGUAUUUCUACAGGUGGACGGGUGAAUCCCCGAGAAGGAAUCGUGCUUCAUUCCACAAAGCUCAUUCAGGAGUGGAGUUCUGUUGAUCUGAGGACCCCGAUAUCUGAUGCGCUGCACUUGCCAGUCUGGGUGGACAAUGAUGGCAACUGUGCUGCUCUGGCAGAGAGGAAAUUUGGGCAUGGAAAAGGAGUGGAAAAUUUUGUAACGCUAAUCACUGGUACAGGAAUUGGAGGUGGAAUCAUUCAUCAACAUGAAUUGAUCCAUGGAAGUUCCUUUUGUGCUGCUGAACUUGGACACAUUGUGGUGUCUCUAGAAGGACCGGAGUGCCUAUGUGGGAGCCAUGGAUGUAUAGAAGCAUAUGCCUCUGGAAUAGCCUUGCAGAGAGAAGCUAAAAAACUACAUGAUGAGGAUCUGUUGUUAGUGGGCGGAAUGUCAGUGAAGACGGAAGAGACCAUUAGUGCUGUGCAUCUCAUUCAAGCAGCUAAACUUGGGAAUGCAAAGGCUGACAGCAUUCUCAGAACAGCUGGGACAGCUCUAGGCCUUGGCGUAGUGAAUAUCCUGCACACCAUGAACCCCUCUCUAGUGAUCCUUUCUGGAGUUUUAGCAGGCCAUUACGUUAACAUCGUCAAAGACGUGAUCCGUCGGCAGGCUUUGUUCUCUGCUGAGACAGUGGAUGUAGUUGUCUCAAAUCUGGCGGACCCUGCUCUGCUUGGAGCUGCUAGCCUGGUGCUAGAUUACAGUACACGCCGAAUAUACUAG